GGCGAUUUCACCCCCCUCCUUUAUAAUAGGCUUUGCGGGAUUAAUUCCUUCGGUCUCUCUGAUAAUUCCUGUUUUCGCUUCUCUCCUACCUAUAAUCCAUCAGAUCCAUUACCUGGAUUGUCGCCGAUUCAACCGCUACUGUCACUUCUCAAGUCCAACAUCGCCUGUUUCUCUCACAAUGCACAAACCAUCCCUAGCUCAAAUCGUACAUCGAGCUACCUUUCCGCGCCAGCGCACCAGCGACCCAGCAACAUUUGCCGCGCAUAUCGCUCUCAACCUGGUUCCAGAGGUUCGCAUCGAAACAUCAACCUUCUACGGAUCGCUAGACAGCGUGGAAGCCCAAUAUCCCGGACUGGAUUAUUCAUACGGCCCCCAUCGCAUGAGGUUAAGCCGAUUUCCUUGGCAUCGCAAGCUAUUCAGGGUAUUUGAUGAGCUUGGGUUGACCGAAGCUGAAAUCAGUUCCCUAUGUCGUUGGGAAGGGACUAAAUCGGCCCGCCAGCGGUACGAGAAAGAGGAAGGUGUGAAGGUCCGCGAUACCACCGCCGAUGCGAUCCGACCUGCGUCACCUUGCCCGCGUCCUUCUGUCACAGUACAUGUCGAAGACGGCCCCGAACCGAUUCGCGAAACAGAAGUCAAGACCACGACAUACGAGGAGACAGAAGUCCAAAACGAGGCAGUAAACGACCGGGGUAUUGACUGUGUGUUGCCAGCGGAGGAGACUGAGGAGUCCAGCGAGGAGGAGAUGGAAAGCUGCGGGGUGGAACUACACCAUCGUCUUCUUGCCGCAACGGCUGCACGAGAACGGGGUGCUAAUGUGCCAUUGGAUGAAGAUUGGGAGCAGUGGCUCAAGGAAGCCGGGGAGCGUGGUAGUUACACGGAUGUCUUAAACGCAAUUCGAAGAGGCCAGCCGUUGAAUUAUCUGUACGACCUCCCGGCCUCGAUUUCUCAAGCAGGCAGAUCCUCGAUUCCGCAAUCCGUGUCGCUAUCGGAGCCAUUGGAUCUGCUAACCUCUUCUCGUUUGUUUUCAACGAGCAAUGAUAUUCGGCCUCCGCCUCAUUCGCCUGCAAGGACGGCGCGAUAG